AUUCCACACCUCAUCUCUCUCUAUAAUACCAAAGCCUCUCAUUAACUCAACGUUUUCCCUCGUACCAUCUUCUCUUCUUUCCACUAUCACUUCACCUUCUCACCACCAUGUCCGCCAAAGACUGCGGCAACCACGGCGAAAAACGCCGGAAACUCUUCCGCCGGAUCUUUGCCGGUAUAUUAAUCUUCCUUUUCUUAGUCCUUGUCACUAUCCUCAUAAUCUGGGCCGUUCUCCGUCCUAGCAAGCCUAGUUUUGUUCUUCAAGACGUCACCGUUUAUGCCUUCAACGCCUCUGUCCCUAACUUUCUUACCUCCAAUUUUCAAGUCACUUUCUCCAGCCGUAAUCCAAACGACAAAAUCGGAAUCUAUUAUGACAGGCUUGACAUCUAUGCAACUUACAGGAGCCAGCAGAUCACUCUCCGAUCAGCAAUACCGCCGAAUUAUCAAGGUCAUAAAGAAAUCAACGUCUGGUCACCUAAUAUUUAUGGUACGGCAAUUCCGGUGGCUCCGUACAACGCCAUCGCACUGAAUCAAGAUCAGUCUGCAGGGACGGUGUUGCUGAUGAUUAAAAUGGAUGGACGGGUGAGAUUUAAAGUUGGAACUUUCAUUUCUGGAAAGUAUCAUUUGUAUGUUAGAUGUCCUGCUUAUAUACAGUUCGGGAGUAGGACUGCCGGAAUUAUUGUCGGUGAGAACUCCGUUAAGUACUCGCUGUUGGUAAGUUGCAGUGUAAGCAUUUGAAGAUAUAGCAGAAGAAAGAAAGGAAGAAAGAAAGAAGAGAAUUGACAUGUAACGCCGUUAAGUAUUUUCUCUUCUUCUCUUUUUUUUUUUUAUAUUAUUUAAAUACUUAAUUUUCUCCUUUUUUUUAGUUGAUGUGUUAUGAAACUGAUGGCCGUCUCUAUUUUUAGAUUUAUAUAAUUCUGUAUGUGGCAUAAUGAAGGCUUUGAAAUGUACAUUUUCCUAAAGUUAAUAAAUGGAAGGAGAAAAGCAGACGAGGCAGAUUGAUUAAUAGCCAAAA